AAACCCUUCGAUACCUUCAAAUUGGUAUCACAACCAAUUUACUCGUCUAGCAAGAACAUAGCAGCGGCCUAACCGUAGCUAAAACUAAAACCCUAAAAUGGCAUUCAAAUUCGCCGUCUUCGCCGCCAUCGUGGCCGUUGCCAACGCUGUUGCCAUCCACCCAGCCCCAUUGGGAGGUUACCACGCACCUCUGGGAGCUUACCACGCACCUCUGGGAGGAUACCAUGCACCUCUUGGAGCUUACCCAGCUGUGGCCAAGGUCGCCGCUCCGAUCGCUGACUACGACCCGAACCCUCAGUACAGCUACAGCUAUGCCGUCGCUGAUGCUGUGACCGGUGACAACAAGAACCAGCAGGAAUCUCGCUCCGGAGAUGUCGUAACUGGAUCGUACUCUCUGGUGGAACCCGAUGGCACCCGUCGUGUCGUUGAGUACACUGCCGACCCAGUCAACGGAUUCAACGCCGUCGUCCACCGUGAGCCUCUGGCCGUCAAGGCUGUGGCCCCAGUUGCCAAGUUCGCUGCCCCUCUGGCUUACCCCGCCGUCGCUAAGGUUGCUGCCCCGUACGCACCAUACGGAGGAUACCCAGCCUACGGAAAGGCCAUCCUUGGUUAAGAACAAACCUUCAUCCCUAGACGCGAGUUUGAUUUCUUUUCCGGUACCUAAUGCUCAUUCUUCAUCUUGAAGUCAUUAGCGCACAUCACCUUUAAUUUAUUUCUCAUUCUUUCAUUUCUAUCGCCAACACUGUUCUAUUCUAUGAUCUAUUUGAACAUUUGUGUACAUAUGAAUGCAGCUUGUGCUGCUAAAAACGAAAUGGAAAUAAUUUCGUUAUAUAAACUUUGACUGUGUGACAAGAUGUGUGGAACUAUUGUUGCCGUGGUGUUAAUACGAGUGAUCAACCAAAUUAAGGUUAACUUAAAUAAAAGCAAAUUCUACAAAAGAAAAUAUAACCUGUUUCAUUCAGAAUAU